AUUCUUCCAUUUCUUUAUAGCACUACAAAAAUCCCCCCCCCCCACCCCACCCCACCCCCAAAUUCUCAAAAAAAUUGAAAAAUGGAGAACUACUCUAAUUAUUCAUACCCAGAUUCAGUAAAUUCAUCCCCACGUUCCCGUGAAAUUGACUGUGAAAACGCUUCAUGGGAUGAUCAACCACCUAAUUCAAAUUACAAAGUCAAAUUCAUGUGUAGUUAUGGUGGUAAAAUCCACCCUAGACCACAUGAUAACCAACUUGCUUACAUCAACGGUGACACUAAAAUCCUGUCCGUUGAUCGUACCAUAAGAUUUUCAAAUCUUGUUAAUAAACUUUCCUCUAUAACUGACUAUGAUGUUUGCUUUAAGUAUCAGUUACCUGGUGAAGAUCUUGAUGCUUUAAUAUCAGUAACAAAUGAAGAGGAUCUGGAACAUAUGAUGUUAGAAUACGACAGGUUAUAUCGCGGUUCUGCUAAACCUGCGAGACUAAGGUUGUUUUUAUUCCCGUUGAGUAAUACUACUACUCCAGGGACUAGUACUUUUGGUUCUAGUGACUCGAAAACUGAUCAGAGUCAAUGGUUUGUUGAUGCUUUGAAUUCUGUUCAGUUACAGAAUAAUUUGGAUGUGACUAAUUCACCGACAUCUGUUUCUUCAGCGCCAGCUAGUAAUCCUGAUUUUUUGUUUGGUUUGGAUAAAGGACAAGUUCAGCAAAAUCCUCCGGUGAAGUUACAAGACCCAACUCCGGCACCACCGGUGCCGGAGGUUUUUGCUAAGGAUUUUCAUGCUGGAUUGGAAGACCGGCAUAUCAUCGGAGAUACUGGAAUAACGCCGGCGGAUUAUCAGAGACAGGUUCAUGAAAUGCAAAGGUUGCAGCAACAUAUUACUAACCAAGAACAACAAGCUAUGUACAACAGAAAGGUUGAAGAAUCUAUUCCUAGAAUGUAUCCCGGAGAAUACUAUCAGCAAAAAGCUCCACCACCGCAACAGGCAGUGCCGGUAACAAAUCCGGCAAACUUCUGGCCGGAACGUCAUAUGACUAGUGGACCAUACCCUGCAUCAGCUGUCCAAACUGAUCAACAACCUGUAUAUAUAGUUCAAACACCCGCUGGAGUUUAUCAAACUCCAGCGGGUAUACGACCGGUGACUAACCAAGUCACCGGUCAGGCUUAUUAUGGCGUGCCGCGCGUGGUACCGGAGGUUUACCGGGAACAGCCGGUGUAUGGUGGAGUUGCUCCACAACCAACAAUUCAACAGCAAAAGAUGGGAGGAGCUUACAACAACAACAUACCCAGUGUUAUUCAACGAGUGGGGUCUGGGGAGCAAACAUAUACACAAGUUGGGUAUGAUAGUGUAGGGAGACAGGUGUAUUAUACUGCACAGGCAGGUGUUAUGCAACAGCAAGUGCAGCAUCCAGUUGCGGCGGUGGAUGGGAGGCAGAGUGGUGGGGCGUCGAAUCAAGAAGGUAGAAUUGUUGGCAAGCCUUGAAUCUUUAUCCUUAAUUUGUUUCUUGUUUGUAAGUUCAUUUUUAAGUGAAAAUAGGAUUAUGUGAACUUUGCGGCGGGCUAUGGUUGUGUGUGUAGUAUUUUUUGGAAAUGUUUUAUGUAAUGUUUCGUGGGAUAUGCAGGUGAAAGAUUUUCUCUUAA